GUCAGUGGAAAAUAUGAAACGUUUCCAGGUUUUUAUUUACUUUUGUGCCUAUAUUCUUGUAGUUUCAUCAGCAUCUGCCAAACUCGAUCUGGGUUCUAUUAAAAAACAACAGACAUAUCCUUCCGGUACUGGAACAACUAUUUCAACAUCUGUUUCGACCGUUGAACCAUGUAAUGUUGGUUGUCAAAAUGGUUGGGUGCCAUAUGGAGGAAAUUGUUACAGAAAAAUGGUUGAUGUAUUGACACAAGAGUCCGCUGAGCAAGAAUGUGUAGAAUUGGGAGCUCACUUGGCAUCAUUUGAGACGACAGACGAGGCAACAUCCGUAAAAAAUCUAGUUUUGUCUUCUCCUUUGUUUUCUGAUGAUCUUUUGUCAUUUACUUCUAGUAGUCAAGAAACAUGGAUUGGGUUAUCAAAAACAAAUAAUGGUGCUUGGAAAUGGGUGAAUUCAUCUGACGUUGAUUUUACGAAUCUUCCCGAUGGUACAACUGUCAAUGGAGCUUCUUGUGUAUCAAUGAACAUCAGUGGAAUUUGGCAACCGAAGGAAUGCACUUCAACAGCUUCAUCAUUCAUUUGCAAAAGAACAGCAGCUUCACAAAUUUAAUUGUUAUCCUAUCUUUCAUUGAUAACAUGCCUCUAUAAAUGUUACAGAUUCAU